AUGCCAGUGCGUGCGUCCAGGCAUAACCUGAAGCUCAGCUAUCGCUUGCAGCAUUCUUUAAGGCGCGAAAACAUCCCAUGGGACGCUUUGGACUUUCCGGACAAUCAGGACUCUGUGGACUUAUUGGCCGGCAAAGGUACAGGUGUGUUCGCCAUGCUGGAUGAAGAAUGCAUCGUACCAAACGGGUCUGAUCAAGGUUAUUGCAACAAGCUGAUCAAGCAGCACAAGGGCCACCGCAGGUUCGACGAGAUCAAGACAAAGCCAACUUGGUUUGUGAUAAAACACUUCGCCGGACCUGUCAGCUACUGCACCGACUCCUUUCUGGACAAGAACCGAGACCAGCUAAGCAACGAUUUGAUCGAGUGCGUCGGCAACAGCUCCAACCAGUUUGUUGCAAACCUCUUCCGCAAGGAUCCCAAGUUCGCGGAGGCGUUUGCCAAGGAGGAGGACCAGCCCAAGGGCGGCAAGAAAAAAAAGUACACCGUCUCGUCCGAAUUCAAGGAGCAGCUCUCGAGCUUGAUGGAUGUGGUGGACUUGACAGAGCCACACUUCAUUCGAUGCAUUAAGCCAAAUCCGCAGAACUUGCCAGACCUUUUCGACAGGAAGGGUGUCACGGAGCAGCUGCGUUAUGGCGGUGUCCUGCAAGUUGUCCAAGUCAGCCGAGCAGGCUACCCCGUUCGAAUCAACCAUCAGGAGUGCUGGGAUGACUACAAGGUGGUGGGCUCCCAGAAGGUGGUGUCCGAGCUGCGCCACCUACAGGAUCCCAAGAUUCGAGCCCAGAAGUUGCUGGAGCAUCUGGAUGCAGAACUCAACAUACCGAAGCCAAAGCACGGACUGUCGUGGGCGGUGGGCAAGACACUGGUUUUCUUCAAGCUCCCAGCUUUCGAACGAGUGAAGUUUGCUCGCCUUGAGCUUCUAAUCAAGAGUACGACGCUCAUCCAGGCUUCGUGGCGAGGCAAGGUUCGACGCCGCAUGUUUGUUGCCAUUCGCCUCUUCACUCGACACGUGCAAGCUUUGCUACGCUCGAAGCAGGCUCGUGCUGACCUGCAGCGGAGAAGGUCGGAGGACAGCGCUACGAAGCUGCAAGCAUCUGCCCGGGCGAAGUUGGCCCGAACCAGGUACCAAAACAUCUUGCGCAAGGUGAUCAAGAUUCAAGCUGUGCGGCGGGGGGUGCUCGGCCGGCGGUAUGCCAAGGAGCACAAGCGCCAUGUCAGCGCUGCCAGGCUCCAGAGCUUGGUCCGCACCAAAAAGGACCAGAGGAUCUACGAUGCACUAAGGCUAUCAAUCCAGUUUGCUCAGCAGCGAUUGCGGAUGCGCAACGCCAAGGGGCAACUGAAAAAGUUGAAGCAGGAGGCAAAGGAGGUGGGUGCCAUGAUGGCCAAAGCACAGAAGGCUCAAGAGCAGGCCUCUGAGCUGAGGAAGCAUAACGAGGAGAUGGAGGCCCAUCAGCUUCAGCUUCAAUCAGAGAACAAAACUCUGUCGAACAAAGUCAAGCACCUCGAGGAGACCUUGCAGCAGAUGCAGCAUCAAUUCGAGGAGAUGAAGGUGCAAGCUGCUGAAGCUGCCAAGUUGGCAGCGGAUCAGUCCAAGACGGUUGUCGAGGCUGAGAAAAUGGAGCCGGGCUGCCCAAAGUCAGAGAUGACCUUCAUGUGUCCGGCUCAGGACCUGCUGCGGGAAGAUCCGGCUUUGCUUGCUGCCUCAGCGGGGGGCACGCGUAGCUCACUGGAACGCGCUGAACAUGCUCUACGCCUCCUGAACCUCUUGAAGACGCCAGCUGCACCGGCAGUACUGAGUGCAUCGGUGCUCGGUCUCUACGCCAUGUUUGUCGGGGACAUGCUGUCUAAAAGCGAUGCUGUCAAGCCGGAGGAGGUGAGGCUUCAGCGCAGUGCAGAUGCCGAUCCCCAACUUCUCUCGCAUUUGACAUCUGCUCUUGACUUGGAUGACUGGUGCUUGGAAGUGGAUGAUGUGAUCACUGCGAGCCACUGGGAUGUUCUGCAGCAGGUGUUUGCGCAAUGCGCCGCUACCCAGGACUGCACUGCCAUCAGAUCCUGGGUGGACACCGCCAUGAGAGGAGGCUUUACGAAAGUGCAACUUGUCGUGGCACCUGGGAGUGAGUUGAUCGGCAAGACUUUGGAGGACCUGCUUGGGCUGCGAGACCCUCCCAUAGCCAACUCCAAUGAAGAGUCGGUGGUGCCCUGGUCCGUGCGCAUGUUCAGAGGGUAUCCUUUAGCCGCAUGGCGCCGCGAGGAGCACGUGCUACGCUUUUGCUGCAUGCAAACACGGAAGCGGCAGGCUGCCGAAGCCGGCCACUAUGUGCAAACUCCGACAUCCUCCAUGCUGGAGAUGUCAUCCUUCUUGCGAGGCGUGUUUGCAAUCAUCGCGUUCAUCAUUGCUUUGCUUUUGGAUCCUUGGACCAACAUUUUGGUUGGCUGCCUGUUUAUUGUGGGAAUGCUCCUGCUUACCUCUGCGGUAAAGGCAGAUGCUAUACCGGAGAUUCUUGAUUGGAAUUCUUGUCUGACAAUUGGUUGUGGGGAAGCAAUUUUCAUAGCCAUUCGCCGGAGUGGCUUGCUCACUGCUAUGGCCGAACUCAUUGCUCAGAUUGGGGCGAUCGGAGGCAACCCAUUGCAGCUGUGCUCGCUGUCACUGGCAGCCCAACUGGCUACUGCCUGCCUCUCUCCAACGCCCGCAGGACUUCUCAUUGCAAAUGCUGCAACUGCGUUGGACGAGAAAUACAACCAACUGGAUUCACAGCAUGGAGCCCUCUUCAACGCAAACUGCGACUCUCACGUUGGAUGCGACAUGGGAGGCCUUGCCGUCAGUCCAGUCCGGAACAAUCUCAUGGUGCACCACCAGUUCCAGAUUGGUGGACGUACGCUGAAAUUCCUGGACUGCUCCGGCAACGAUCGUGCUGCGCACCUGGUGAAGGAGUGGUUUGCUCGAACGCAGUGGGUGUUCGUCGUGUACAGCUUGACAGACACGAGGUCAUAUGAAAAAGCCUUGGGGCUAGCAACUGAAGCACGACAAGCAGGGGCCAGCGUGGUGCUUUUUGCCAACAAGUUCGAUCUGAAUCAGGGCAAGCCAGUCGAGGUAAACUUGCAAGAAGCGCAUGACAAAGGCACUCAACUCGGCGCCUAUGUCGGAGAAGGUGUCACAUUAUCGGAAUGGGCAAGGUUUGCGGCCAGCCAAGAUGAGACGCAAGCACCUGCAGAAGAUGCAGCUCCAGAUGCUGCUGCCGCUGACGAUGCGCAGCGACGAAGCUCAAUCUCUGCAGCCAUUGACUCUGUCAAGUCCUGGUUUGGCACUACGCCGGAGAAGGGGGGCAAGGCUACAGGCGUUCUGCGGGCAUCACUCAAAGGCACCAAGGCGAUGAAGCAGGCAAAGCGAGAUGCGGAUCCCAACGCAGACCUUCGACCCGUACAGGAGUUGCAGGACAUUGUUUUGGCCAAGAAAGGCUUCACAGGGCGUGCUCCCACCGUUUGCCUAUGCAACCUCACCUGCCCGGAGAGGGUCGGCCAUCUGGAGUUCCACUCACAUGCCCACCCACCCGGACUUGAGGACUAUCUGCUGUCAGCUUCCUGCCUGAUGGAGAUCAACGCCUUUGCUCAGCGACACUCAGGGAAGUUUGAAGACGUUGGUCCAGGCUCACCUCGACAUGAUCAUCCCCACGACUGGUAUGAGAUCUUUCAGGAGCGGGAGUACGAGGCGAUGAUGAGAGUGAGGACCGAUCAAUUUCUGGCUAUCGAAGGAGUGACUGCAGAGCAGGCUGUUGAAGAGUGUUUCCGGAAGCGAAACGAAGGCAAUUCCAAGUUCCAGUACUUUGAGUACUUGGCUGCAGCUGUUGAUUAUCGGCGUUUCUAUGCUCUCAUGCUUGACUUCAAGGAGGGCAGGCGGAAUUUGACGCAGUGGUGGAAUUGUUUGAAGCUGGAGGAUGAUGACUGUAAGAGUGGCAGCCAUGUUGCUGUGAAGGGCUUCUCUCUAAACUUCAAGAUAGAGCUUACGUGGUCAAUGCUGAGCUUCCUUGACCCCAAGCACAUUGCUCAGGUUCAGGUUGGCCUGGCAGUGUACAUUGUGACGGUCGGGUACAUCCUCUUCGUCACCGCGUCCAAGGAUGGCACAGUUGUGGUUUACCGCUGCUACAGGACUGAGAUGGAGAUAGCAAUGUUGGCUGCUGAAGAUUUCCGCGGUGACAAUGCUGCGCCACCACCAGACCACUCCAACAUCGCUGUACAUUCCCGACUGGUCGGACAUUCUCGGGCAAUCACGUCAGUCUUCUUCAACCUGCUGGAGGAUCAGUUGGUCACAACUUCCAUCGACAAGUCCGUACGAUUCUGGAAUGUGGAUACUGGGGAGAUGCUGAAGGUUUUCACUGACUCCUCCCCGGUUCCCGUGGCAGCUUUCCUGCCCUUCAACCCACAGGUUUUUGUUGCAGCGAACUCGAAUGCUGUCCUGCGACUGGUCAACGUGCAGAAUGGCAUGGUUCUUCAAAAGCUGAAGGUUGAGACGGAAGUGCGGACCUUGAAGUUCGAUGAUACAGGUCUGUUCCUUUUGGCUGGCACGAAGAGUGGUAGCAUACAUGUCUUGGAGGCCACAGAUUCCAGCACGCUAAAGUUCAAAUUCAAGGUGCAGCUCGCACGGGGAGGUGUGACCUGCUUAGUCUUCGUGCCUGCGGCCCAUGGCCAGCCUCCUUGCUUGCUGGUCAAUACGUCAGACUCGUCGGCAUCUAUCAUUGACUGCACUUACGGGCCUCCAUCUGGUGUGCUCACCAACUUGGCAGUCAGACACCGUGUACGUGUGGCCCACGCGCUGCUUCCAUUGAAGUGUUGCUACUCCCCGUCCAGCCAAGGAUAUCUCAUUUCAGCCUCUGAGGACAAGGAGGUGUACAUUUAUUCCCUGGCGAAGGGGGCCAACUACAAAAUGAGUUAUUUGAAGCACCAUCAGGUACCAGUUGUGGCUGUGGCAACGAACCACCAGGUACCUUUGCUGGAUGUCGCCCGCAGGCAUGAUGGAAGGUCCUUUGCUUUUCAGGACACGCUGCUGGCAAGUGCGGACUCGCUCGGAUACAAGACAGAGCUCAGGUGUCCGACCGGAACUGGGGCCGUCCUGCGGCCUCCGAAGGGCUUCGGAAGUGCCAGCGGCCGCAGUGAGGAGCCAGCUCGUCGUGGCCAUGAAGCUAUUUGCGACGAACCUGCCGAUCUCAGAGAGGAUCUUCGGUAUCGGCUGGCUCGCUACAGAUAUACGAGACGGAUCGAGCCGCCGCCGCCUCCACUGGCCAUGGAUCCAGCGUUCGAGCCAGCGCCGCCCAAACCUAUCCAAGUUGCAGCAGCGCAAGUGAUGUCAUCUACAAGCCUUCGAAGCUUCCAGCCACAAAGACGGCGUGUCCAGUUGGCCGUCCAAGCAGAGCACAGGAGACUUCGCCUUGAAGCCGCCCGCACACGACGAGAGCUGACGCAGCAGGAACUUGAAGAGAAAACUUUAGCAGACAUGGACCGGUAUCUCCAGCGCAUGGAGCAGUUUGAGAUGGAGAAGAAUUCCAGCCGUGCAGGUGGUCGAAGGCGGCCGCUUGCAUCACUCACUUUGGAACAGCAGCUGCAGGAGCGCCAAAAGCAGUUUGCAACAAUAAUGGCCGCUGCAGCCUUCUGCGCUGCAGCUGCCAAGGCAAUGGCUGGUUUUGGCCCGAUCAGCCAGGCAUGUCUAUCGCGUUUCCACCGCAUCAGCUUUCAGGAAAAGGGCGCUGCAGCAAGGCCUUUCGCAUGCGCGGUAGCCAUCAACUUGUGGCGUUCACAUUAUGCAUCUUCAGUACGUGCUCAGCUUGCUGGUUGCGUGCAAGAGGCAUCUCCUGUCUCCGCUUGUGAAUCGCCGACGCCUUCAAGCCCCUCACGCCCGCGCAAGUCGCUGAAGGAGUCAGCAGAUGCUCGAGUCAUGCAGAUGCAGCUUCCUGUUUUGGACAAGAGCACAGCCCUGCCUUUUAUGUGGCGCUGUCAGCUAAUGGAGGACAGGGUUGUGACCAAAUUUCGUGUUCGACGAGCACGUGGCCAUACACGCUGUCUGCUGGCUGCUCUUCGCUGCUGGCAUCCUUUCCGUGCUCUGCGAAUGAUGAGAGACGUCUUGGCCCGCAUCAAACGGCUGCAGAGAUUUCUUCGAAGUGCCUUGGUGAGAUUGAAGGCGACCAGGGUGGCACUGAAGGCACAGAUGAUUCACAUUGAGCGGGAGAUUGUCGAAAAGGAGCACGAGGACGAGCAAAAGGAGAUGAAACAGGAUUCCAAGACAGAUUUCUGCCGUCGGAUGCCGCCAAGUCAUAAAGGUCAAGAUCACAGAUCUCAAGAGCAGGCCAAGUCUUUGCUUCCUGACACUUGGAGAUCACAGGCUGUACAUUUUCUCUUGCGACACCGAAGACGGGAACAGCUGCAGCUGCUCCAAGAAUGGCGCAUGGACAUGGCCACCUACCACUGGGAGGUGCAGGAAUGGCGGAGAGCUCGCUCUGCCUUGAGCUGUCCAGUAAUGCCUCCUUAUCCUACGCAUGUGCCGAGCAACAAGGAGCUCUGCAAAGUCAUCACGGACGCCAGAAGAGUUUGCAGAACUGGAGCACCUCCACCGAUGAACUUCUUGACUGUCCACAAAUCGGAAGUUGAAGGUACAGGAUUGCAGUGGUAUCCCCGGGAGGACCUGACGCAACCUCAUGGUCUUCAUCUGCAGGUAGACGCAAUGCAGGAAGUAAUCGAGCCCCUCGUCACUCCGAAAGGCAGCGUCUUAGAGCCGAGCUGA